AUGUAUAGCUUAUUAGGAGGUUUACAAGAAUCUAAAAGACAUUAUCAUGGUGUCGUGUACCGUGGCAUGGGUUUAGGAUCUGUAGCAUCAUCGGCAUAUAAAAAAGGGUUAUUAUUUUAUUGGUCAGGUUUUACAUCUUGCACUAAAGAGUUAAAAAUAUCAACUAAAUGGAGUAGAUGUACUGCUGUCUCUGUUAUUAAUAUACCACAAAGAUUUUCUCAUGCAUGCUUCAACAUAGAUGACAUAUCUAAGUUCCCAUCAGAAAAAGAAGUACUAUUGCAACCAUAUACAUGUUUUCGUGUUCUAAAUAACCCUACUCAAUCUAACGACAGUGGAAAGGAUCUAACUAAAAUAGAACUAGUGAUUGAAGGUACUGCAUGUAAUUUAUCUGGUGUGUGGACAUGUGAUGACAACGAGCUUAAUGUAAAAGAUGCCGGUACAUAUUGUAUAAGUCACUACAGACAAAAAGUAUUCUGGUUUGAACGACAAAGCAAAGCACGAUGGAAUUUUGCCAAUGUCUGUUGUGGUACAAUAAAUAAUGAUUAUGAAUUGACAAUACAAUGGGGUGAUCUUCCACUUGUACAUGAUAAAUAG